AUGGAAGCGUUCGAUACCUGGGACAGUAGAUUACAUAAAGUACAAGCUGAAUAUAUGACAUAUGCUUUACCGAAAUACGAUUUCAGGUCAACAUUCGAAAGUACUUUGACGGAUUGUAUACAAUCUACUCGAAGUACAAAGACCAAAUUGGAUUCGUACAAUUGGGUUGCGCAAUCGGGCAUUCUGAUUCCAACGAACCAGAUGGAAGAGGUCAAGAGUUCCGUGUUUGAGACCGAAGACAAGUAUAGGAAAUUCGAAGAAGUCAAUGGUGGUAAAUUGUUCGAAGAGGUUAUGACGCCUACAUCACCAUGGACAUUGGAACGUACAGAAAAUCUGGAUAAGAAGUGGAAAGAAUGGUUGACACUUACGGGUGAUGCACUGGCUAUUGGAGAGGCGAAAAACUAUUUCCUCAGACAGAGUAUGAUGAUGAACGGACAGAUGUUUUGA